CAGUCUCUGGCUCUCCCUGCUUGUCUCACAGUGCCUGUGAAGCGUCUCUGAGGGGGAAGACCAGACUGCUCUGUCAGACCCAUUCAGAGGCUGAACGCAAUAUACUGUUGACAACCAGCGAAGGAGAUGCAGAGAAGACCUUGGGAGGCCUCUUAGAAUGGUUGAGGCUGGACAGAAGCAGAGCUGCUUUGAACAGCGAGAUGAUCCAUGUUAAUCUGCAUCCAUGCAGCUCCAGGGCACCUUUCAAUGAUGCCUCAUUUGGUCUUCUUGAAUUACUUUUGGCCCAGACUGACAAAGGCCCUUUGUUUUGAUUUAGAACUCAGUCUGUUGAUGUUCCCCUGCCUCUGACCUUUCUGCUGCCAUGCGGUUAUCGCCAUGAGGCUCCAAGAGCCCUUCCUUGUGUGUCUGUGAGGCCUCCUCCCCACUCUAUGGAGGCUGAGCCCAGUUGUCCGACUGAUGGGGAUCGCUCUGGAAGGCAAGAGCAGCAGCAUGUGACAUCUGAAUCCUCACUAGAAUCUUGUCCACCUCAGCAGUCACAGCAGCCUCCUAAUCCUCGUCCUGUACACAGAGCUGUAGGCCGUCUGCAGAGUCGCCAGCCAAGACGCACUGACCUUCUGCUUCGGUUACAGCAGCAGCAAGCAGUAGCAUGGCAGCAAUCAGACAACCCAGGUCCCUCAGGAGGCAGCUUCUUCUCUGCAGCUUCCUCAUCAACCCUUCCCUCCACUUCCUCCACCCGGGGUGAGCAUGGUCACAGGGUCCCGUCUCAGCCCAGCCAAGAGGGCUUAGAAGGGGUCAGCUCAACCAGAAAGGGAGAGAAAAAACCCCCCAAACCAGGGAAAUAUGUGUGCACUUACUGUGGCCGUCCAUGUGCCAAGCCAAGCGUUCUUCAGAAACACAUUCGUUCCCAUACAGGAGAAAGACCCUUCCCUUGUGACCCCUGUGGCUUUUCUUUCAAGACCAAAAGCAACCUGUAUAAGCAUCGCAAGUCCCAUGCCCAUCGCAUUAAAGCAGGUCUGGCAUCCUGUCGUGAUGAGCCCAGUUUGAGUGGGCCUGAGGGCAGUGGCAUUGGAGAAGACCCUGAAGAACACACAGAGGGAGAAAGCACUGAGUCUGAAGAAGAGACAGGCCAACACAGAAAAUCCUCCUCUAAGGAGAUGUUGGGCCUAAAGAGGAAAGGUGCUAAGGAGCUGCUGGGAGGCUCCGAGGAGAGCCAGAGGCCUGAAGAUUCCCAGGCUGUCAAGCAAAGGCUUGCACUGAGGCUUAGUGAAAGGAAACGUGGCCCUGUGGCUUCUCCAGAUGACCCUCCUUCUUCCCUAUCCUCCCUCUCCACCUCUUCUUCUUCUCUAGGCCCUGGCAGCAAAGGCAGCACAGAGUCUGGCUACUACUCUGGAUCAGGCAGUACUGACCUGUCUCAGGUUAGCCCUCCCAGUGCUAGUGCCAAAACCUACGCAGAAAUUAUUCUAGGGAAAUAUGGAAGGCUGGGAGGGCAACAGCGCAGUCCCCACCAGCAGCAGCCGCAUUCUUCACUUUCCUCUGGAACAGAGGAGAAGAGCAUUCCCUUCGCUGUACCCAAAACCCAAGUAAUAGAACACAUUACAAAGCUCAUCACUAUCAAUGAAGCAGUAGUAGACACCAGUGAGAUUGACAGUGUAAAGCCCCGACGCUCCUCCCUGUCUAGGAAGAGCAGCACAGAAUCACCUAAAUUUACCACCCCUAAAGAUCCAUACACAUUUGAUCCCAAAGGAGAAGCCCCUGGCUCCAGCAGUUUUAGGCACCUUCACAAUCCUGAGGCAGAUCCACCAGGUACCCAGGAACUGUCAUCAGUACCUCUGCUUAGAAGCUUCUCAAUGCCAUCAUCUACCAGCCAAUUAGAGCCCUCUACCUCUGGCAACAUAUCUCCCAAGGGUUACCGUCUUUGCCAGUCAUUUGAUGAGCAGCAAGCGGUGGUCGCAGAGAUGAGGGAUGGCCAUGCCCAGCGUAUGCUGAGGCGCCAGCCUGCCAUAGAGGUUCCCCUGGGAGCCGAGGCAAUGCUGGAGGUGGCCAGUCCCUCCACCUCCUCCUCAGCUAGAGCCAGCGAACCAGCCAGGCAGCCACUGCAACAACAACAGCAAAAGAGUCUCAGCCUGUUUGAAUGUGUAGCAUGUGGGGCUCGCUUCCAACUUAGUGAAGACUAUGAGGCCCACAGAGGCAUCUGCCCAGUACAACAAACAAUGGAAGAACAGAGCAGGGAUGCAAGUAAAACAUGCAGGGAGGAUCGCCCCCAGAUGAUGAUGCACUAUAAGUUCCGAGCACUGGCCAUGGCUGUGAGGAAGAGGAGGAAAGAGGAGAGCCUGGAGGAGGACCCUCCCAGCCCUGGGUCUGCAGCCAUGUCAGAAAGCACUGCAGGGCGCAUUCCAGUGGCAAGCAGACCAGAACACAGCCAGGCCAUCUCAGGUGUUUGUUCACAGACUGAGCCAAAACAACAGCAGCAGGACAGAAAGGGUGUGUCUGUCAUCCAACACACAAGCUCUUUUGAGAAGCAAGACAGUGUAUCCAUGGAAAGUCAGGGACCAGACCUCAGAGAGGGUCAGCAAACACAGCAACCCGAGCCAAAACCAUCACCCUCUACAUCUCGCCUCAUCCGCCAGCCAAACAUUCAAGUGCCAGAGAUCCUUGUUACUGUGGAACCUGAUGCUGACAUGCCAUCUGUGUCACCACCAGUCACAGCAUCCUCAUCCAAGGAGACAGAGAGAGCAGAAGAGUUCCAGUGGCCUCAGCGUAGCCAGACUCUGGCCCAGCUCCCUGCAGAGAAGCUGCCACCAAAGAAGAAGAGACUCCGCCUGGCAGAAGCAGCCCAGUCCUCUGGGGAGUCCAGCUUUGAGUCUGUGUCUCUGCCUCGUAGCCCCAGUCAAGAGAGCAACAUCUCCCACACUUCAGGUCUUUCUACUUCUUUUGAGGACACAGCAAGAUCAGAGCCUGCCAUCUGGGUCGCCAGUAGCCAAAGCUCACAGAUGUUGAUGGUGCCAUCCCCUUCCCAUCAACACCACCAAAGCCACAAGGAGAUGAGGCGCUCAGCCUCAGAGCAGGCCCCAGCCAGUGCCCAACAAACAGAGCAGAUCUCAGAGACCAGAAGUAAGUCCUUUGACUAUGGGUCGCUAUCCACUCAGCAGUCUACAUCCUCCUGGAAAGAAAGGCGGAAGUGUCUUCUUGUGAAACAUGCCACCUUAGGAGAACCAGAACAGGAGGAGGGGACCAGCAUGAGUCAGUUUUCCAGAGCAGAGAGCCCAACGCCUGGGCCUUCCCACUCCAUCCCUCCCUCUCUCUACACGACCGAAUCAAGUUCCCAGGUCAGCCCAGAAGCCACAGGAAAAGCCUUGCAGCUGUUACAACCACAAAUCUUCCCACCCUCUCAGGAUGUGCUCCCUUUGCAGCACAGAGGCCAGCAAACAUUCCCCCCAGUAUCAUUAUCACAGCUACUGCCUGUCACCACAGCCAUCUCUGAAGUACUGUCCACUCAGAUCGUCCACAGAACCUUCUUACAUUCACAGACAGCACCUCCACAUAUGCAGAUACACCCAGCACAUUUUCACAUGGCAGAACAGCUGGGACUACCGCUCCAUCAGCUUCCUGCUCUAGUUCCACUCCAGUUCUCUUCUAGGACUAGAACUAGGCCGGCUCUAUACUUGCCUGUUCCUCCAAGAAUUGCCACGCAUUUUCCCUCCCCUUCCAUUACAGAGACCAGACCCUCCACCUCUUACACUUCUUCUGCCCUUACCCAUCAGUCCCUUGUUACAGUCUCCUAUCAGCAUCCACGCCCUGUCAUUGCCACAUGCCUGGCACAGCUUACACCAGUAGUGUCCCUUGUGGUCCCAGUUCGUCUCCAGACACAUAUACCUACCUAUGCCAGUGCCAUGUAUACCACCUUGUCCCAGAUACUGGUCUCCACCAGCUCACAGGAAUCCAUUCCUUGCACAGCUAUGGUCAUCAUGGGCCAGGUGGGGCAGGAAAAGCUGCAAAGGUCCUACUUGAAGGUCCCCUCCCCAGAAAUCAGGGGCCUUCUUCCCCUGUCUCUGCCUGCAGAACUGGCCUCGGGAUCUGGGGAGGGAUAUGGUCCACUAGGGGCUGGGGGUAGUAAGCGAAUGCUUUCUCCUGCAGCCAGUCUGGAACUCAGCACAGAGGCACAGCGUCACCAAAAAAGGGUCAAAGAGGAAGAGGAGGGGGAGCAACAUAAGUCAGGAGAAGAGGAGGAGGAUGCAGAACAGAAGGCAAGAGAGGAAGAGGAAAGUAGAGCCACUGGGAGAAAACUGGAAGAGGGAGAGAAGAAACAGCCAGAGAGGGUGGCAGUGACAAGUGUGAAAGUGGAGGGGGACCAGGAGCAAGUACCAAGGAAACUUAACAGGGAGGAAAAGGAGGAGAGGAAGAAGGAGUCAACCAAGAAGACUAGUCAAAAAAAUGAAGAGGUGCCAGUUGUGGAGGAGGGGGUGGAGAGACCAAGCACCCCUUCAUACCCCAGCCUCCACACCUCUACCUCAGUCAACUGGUGCUAUCUGAACUAUGUCAAACCCAACCCAUCUGCCCAGAGGGACCCUCGCACCUCUGUUUAUUCUACCUGGAGUGUCAGCGCUCACAACCCCAACUUGCCGGGCCUCAGCACUAAGGUGGUGUUGUCUCUGCUGUGUUCCAAACAAAAGCACAGUUCAGAGACCUACACCAUGGCCACAGCCCCAACUCCAGCCGAAAAAUUGAUUCUUGCCAGUAGCAAGACCCCGUGUGUGUCUGAGGUACAUGCCACCCCACCCAGCACCCUCACUGAAGUAAAGGAUCAGCAGCAGCCUGAAAAGGAAGAGAAUAAAGAGAUGAGAGAAAAAGGGCCCUCCACCUCCAAGCUGAGCGAGACUCGUGUUCGCAUUUUUGAAGGGGGGUAUAAGUCCAAUGAAGAGUAUGUUUAUGUGCGAGGUCGUGGCAGGGGAAAGUACAUAUGUGGAGAAUGUGGCAUCCGCUGUAAGAAGCCCAGCAUGCUAAAAAAGCACAUCCGAACACACACUGAUGUCCGUCCGUACGUUUGCAAACACUGCAACUUUGCCUUCAAAACCAAAGGAAACCUUACUAAACACAUGAAGUCAAAAGCUCAUGGGAAAAAAUGCCAGGCUAUGGGAGUAUCUGAGUCAUCGCUGGAUGAGCCAGAGAGUGAGGAAACAGCCGGAAGUGAUGAACGUGUGUGUGGCUCAGAGGAACGAGAGGAGCAUCAGUUUUCUGAUGUGGAAGAAUCUGAGGACGAUGACGACAAUGAUGAUGAUGAGGAGGAGGAAGAAGAAUCUGCAUCCCAUUAUGACCCACCCUCAUCUUGUUCAUCGGACACCCACCCAUCAACAGGAGGACGUUCCAGCUGCAGUAGGCACUCUCAACAAGGCGCCCCUGACCCUGAGCCCCCAGGUACCAGUCUCAGCCCUGGACAGGAGCGCUCUCUGAGAGGAGUUUGGCCCAGCGGGCGAGCUGCCUCGCCAAGCAGCAGGAGGGCGCUGUUCUCCCGGCGAGGCUGGAAGGCAUCACCAAGAGCUUUCUCCCCCAGCAGUGAGAGCUGCUCCCCCAGCCGUAGCCUCUCCCCCCGUCUGGAGCUGUCCUCAUCCAUCCAAAGCCUUUCCCCCCGGACCGAGCUCUCCUCACCCGGUCGACAUGUCUCACCCUCUCCUGAAAGAGGACCAUCUCCUAUUAGACCGCUAUCUCCUCUUCGCCCCAUUUCACCUAGCUGCUACCGGUCAUCACAGUCUCGGACCCCUCCCUCCCCACUCAGGUUACAGCACAGGACUGCUGGAUACCUGCCUUGGGAGAGCCCCGGUAAAAUGGGUAGUCGUGUCAAACUGGAGAAAGGUGGUACAGUGAGUGAAGGGCCAACAUGGCAAGAAGCAAGCUUAUUUCCAUCUGCUUUUCGCUUUUCUACCUGUGAGGGUUAUCCCAGCCACCAAACAACAGACAACCUUUUCAGCCACCUUCCCCUGCACUCACAACAAGCCAAGGUUCCCUAUCUGAUGAUCCCUAUUGGUGGAAUCCAAAUGGUACAGGCCAGACCGAGGUCCCACCCUACCACCCCCUCGUCCCCAACAUCUCCCUCUAUGGAAGGGCCGUCAUUGGCCAAGUUUGAAUCAUACUGGGGCGGGACCCCCAGAUCUCAAGGGCUUAGGACUCCUGGAGACCACUGGUCAGAGCACCAGGCAGCAGGAACCAGCCAGUCAGGGCAGUGCGGUCUUAACACAGCACUAACAUAUUCCAAACCAGAGUUGGAGACCACAAACUCAAAGCAAUAUGGCAGCUCACAUAGCUUCGCUCACACCCACAGUUCUGCUUCUGAGGUCACAGAACACUGCAUCAGAGACAGUCUUUCAAGCGCACCCCUCAGUCUAGCAGCCCCCGUAGCCUCUCGUGUCACUGGACAGGGCAGAGGAGCCACCAUCUGGUAG